AUAACGACAACCUAGGCCUUACGACAACCUAGGUCUAACAACUACCUAGGUCUAACAACUACCUAGGCCUUACGACUACCUAGGCCUUACGACUACCUAGGCCUAACGAAAACCUAAGGACAAACUAGGCCUAACGACAAACUCUGCCUAAAGACAAACUAUGCCUAAGGGCAAACUAGGCCUAGUAGAAAGUACUAGUCCUUUCAUCGGCCGCCGCUGUUAACCUAUCAAUAGAAACCUCUCCUGGUUAAACAUCCGACCUUUGUAUUGGAGAAACACGUAUAAAAAAUCAAUUCAACGGGGCUGAUCUUUCAGUACACACGGGUCCCACUGACUAUAAACGUUUUGGUUCAAAAAGUUGACUACAUAAAGCAAAAACUGUCACUCAGAUAUUCGAUCAAUGCAGUCAAGAAGGUGAAAUCUUCAACUAGUUAGUUUAACCCGCACGUAUACGGAGAUACUUAAAAAAGUAAACUUCGGAACAAAAGGUUGCAGAAGGAAUGUGAAGCAGACGGCAAAUAUUGGAUACCAUCUGUGACGCUGUUGGUUGAGUAAAUCUGCCAGAGAAUGAUGAAACGGAAGUGGUAUCUGUUGGUCGUGUUCGGGGUAGUCAACGUGAUUCUCAUGUUCAGUUUCUUUUCCACGGAUGUCUUCAAGUUUCAGAUCAUAGAAAAACUCGUGUUCGUACCUCAUCACGUGACUAACUCCACGCAUGCGCAGACACCCAACAAAACAAGAGACAUGCCUGGUUGUCCAAACCAGUUGGCCGGGAUGGCCACGGGUCAAUGGGUGACCCGACCUCUGACCCCUGAGGAGAGGUCAACGAUUGAUACCUACCUGAGAGUCUCUAGGGGCGAGUUCCAUAUCCCCGCCAGCUACCAGAGGGGGGACGGGCGGUGUGGGGACCUGCCCUACGAGCAGUCGCCGCUCUACAGACACAUGUGGUUCAAGGCCAUUUGUGAUCCUUUCGGCGCCACGCCGUGCUGUAAAACAAACAGUUGUCUGCCCCUGUCCCAAGAAGAAUGCACGUGCCCCACGUGUUACGACGAACGCCAGGCCAUUCACUCCGAGUUCGCCACGUGGUCGCCACAUGACGUCACGUGCAGCGUUGAGAACUUUACGUCAGAGCAGGCGUGUCGGACGCUGAACGGCACCAACCUGUACUUCAUCGGAGACUCCUUCAUCCGGCACGUCUUUGUGGCCAUGGUCAUCGUUCUGUCCGACAAUACCGUAAACGGCGCCCUGAAGAAAAAUCUGGCACCCGGUAUUAAAGAGAAAUGUUCUGGAAUGUACCAAAUUACGGGACUCACGUGUCGCGAUCACCUAGAGGAGGACCAUCUUCUGUGUAACAACUCGGUCAGAGUCCGUUACAGGGAAGUGUUCCCGGCUUCCCAGAUUUAUGACGCACUUCCGGUUCUGGAGACGCUCCGCGACCAGAGCAACUCCACCAUCAUCUUCAGCAUCGGCAUCCAUGACGACUUCAACGCCGACGUGGUGAUCAGGCGGUUUCUGCUUCCGUUCCUCAACGCCAGACAGUAUUACGUCACCAACAACGCCAGCCUUGACCUUAAUCACGUGAUGACCAAUUUCCACAACUGGAAAGUUGACCUCAUUAAUAAAAAUAAUUCCGGGAAUUUCCAUUCAUUAUACCCGAAACCAAGCGAACUUUUUUAUACUCAGUUUACGCAGCCAACCAGCGUAAAUCCAUUAACCGCCAUUUUGAAUAAAUUAGUAGCUAACGGAUCAUUAAUUUACAACGGAAAACUGUAUACCCUCCCACAAAACAUCACGGCAAGUCGUGUAAAGGGAGACAAAAAUAUUUCCGCUAGUGUUGUUCAGGAAAAUAGAAAAAAUAGAACCGUUUAUUUUAAGAAUAUUCCAGACUCCGCCCACAAGAACACCAGGCCACGCCUCCUAUGGCUAGGCGUCCACGCCCCUGGUCUGCUCAAGUCUCCCAAGUUCCAGAGGCAGACGGCAGAGGGGGUGCAGCUGUACAAUCAGGAGAUCCAGAAGAUAUUGAAUCAGUGGAGCGUGCCGGACUUGCAGACGUUCAACUUUACACGUGGCGUGGUCAGCCAUGAUGGAACUCAUUACGGCUGGGGCAUCAAUAUGUUAAAAGUUAACAUGAUAUUAACGUAUUUUAAUAAAACCAGUACCUAG